AGAGAUACAGUUAUUAACAUACAGUUCACCGAGGAAAGGACAACCAUGUUGGGUCUACUUUGUCUGACAUUUGUAGUUGGUGCUCUUGGAGCCCCGUCCGGUUCCUGUCCGACGAGUUGCCAUUCUGCGAACCAACCUGUGUGUGGCUCUAAUGGCAUCACUUACACCAACGACUGUGAGAUGGGUAUCGCUUCUUGCCAGUUGAUGCUCCAAGGGCGUACUGGUGUCUACUUGAGUUACAGCGGCAGAUGCAACUCUCUGUUAGGCGGUACGACCGGAUGUGACAUGAUCUGUGAUGAGCAGGAGUUGAGGAACCCCAUCUGUGCCUCGGACGGCGUCGUGUACGAAAACAAAUGUCGCUUCAGCCUGGCUUAUUGUGCUGCUGUCAAAAAUGGCACCUCCCUGUUCGUUGUGUCAUACAACAAUACCUGCAUUACCCCCGUAGAGCCUGACUGUGAGAAAUAUGCCUUCAACACAACGGACCUGGCUCUGGGAGGCCCUCUGGGGAGCAGCAACCUGUGUCCCUCCACCUCCGAACCCAUCUGCACCAGUGACGGCUCGUACAGCAACGUAUGCUUUUUCUGCAGAUACCUCGACUUCAUCAUUGCCAAGCCCAAUCUGAAUAUCAAAGUUGCUGAUCACAAGAUCCUUCAUGAAGGAAGAUGCCAAAACUACAUCCCAAAUGGUCCGUUUGGUAAAUGAGCCGUCCAAACCAGCACUCCCACGUUACAAUAAAACAUAGCACAUAUA